AUGGUUGCAAAUUUUGCUCAAAACAGGCUUGAAUUUGCAGCCAUAGAGUUAGUGAGGCGAAUGCAAGCUAAUGGAGAAACCCCAAACACUGUCACCUUCACAAAUGUUCUUCCAGCCUGUGGAAGAUUACGUUUCCUGCAUGUUGGAAAGGAGAUUCAUGCCAAAAUAAUUCGGAUGGGAUGGUUUUCUGAUUUGUUUGUCUCUAAUGCUCUUACAGACAUGUACUCAAAAUGCGGAUACUUACACCUUGCUCGAAAUGUCUUUAAUAUUUCUAUCAAGGAUGAAGUUUCAUACAAUAUGCUGAUUAUGGGCUAUUCCCAAACAAGUGACUGCUUAGAGUCCCUGAAUUUGUUCUCAGAAAUGAUACUCUCUGGCAUGGUGCCUGAUAUUGUUUCAUUCAUGGGUGCCAUAUCUGCUUGUGCGAAUCUGGCUUCCAUAAAGCAAGGGAAAGAGAUCCAUGGUCUGCUGGUGAGACAGCAUUUUCACACACAUCUUUUUGUGGCAAAUUCACUCUUGGAUUUGUAUACCAAAUGUGGACGAAUAGAUCUUGCUUGCAAGGUAUUUGACUGUAUCGAAUACAAGGAUACAGCUUCUUGGAAUACUAUGAUUUUAGGCUAUGGUAUGCUGGGUGAGCUUCACACUGCAAUCAACCUCUUUGAGGCAAUGAAGGAAGAUGGUGUGGAUUACGAUUCAGUGUCCUUUAUCGCAGUUUUGUCAGCUUGCAGUCAUGGGGGUUUAAUUGAGAAGGGGAGGAAGUACUUUAUAAUGAUGCAGGAUCUUAAUAUUGAACCAACACAAAUGCACUAUGCAUGUAUGGUUGAUCUCCUUGGAAGAGCUGGGCUAAUGGAAGAAGCUGCAGACCUUAUUAGAGGCCUUUCCAUCGAAGCAGAUGCUAAUAUUUGGGGUGCGAUGCUCGCAUCUUUUUGA